AAAGGCUAGGAAAGGCUGGGACAAACACCUUUCAAAGAAGUGACGUAGGGCUACCACGAGACUAAGGUGGACUUCAUUCAUUCUCACUAAGAACUUCUGAUUCCUUGCCUAGCUCUAUAAACCCGAUCUUCUGUUGUCGCUUCUACUCUCGAAUCGCAAGCAUCAUGCCGCCGAGCCUUUCUGGCGCACUGGGAUAUAUUGGCUUUUUGAGGGAGCAGAUACAGGAUAGCCUGGUCACCUCAAUCUCCGAGCGCCUUUUCCUGCCCACCGACAAGCUUCACAAGAUAUUCACUCUCGCGACGAUCAAAGCCGCCGUCGAAGAACUGAUUUGCGGUCCAGAUGAUCGCAUUAAGCUGGCGGACACGAUACACGACGAAGGCCAGAGGCUGUUUGCCAUGCUCAUUUACAAUGGUUGGCAAGAUCUCAUCAUUAAUUUCCGCAAACAUGGUGCUCUCGACAGUCGACUCCCGCUGAGUGAAGAUGAUGCGGUGAAAAUUGCGGGUCACUCCAUCGGCCGCCGGCUCGCCCAAGAGGUUCAAUGGGUGUUUUAUCCUUACACCUUCCCAGAGAGUAUGUGGAAGUGUUAUCGUGAGGUGGAAAGGAAAAUAAUUCUUCCCUUCACUGCCGAAGAGCAGCUCGGUACUGGGGCAUUUAGUGAUGUAAACAAGAUGAAUAUCUCGCCGUCUCAACAGAAUUUUGUUGACAAAGGAGUGGAAAAGGUGCAAGUGGUGCGGAAACAACUCAAAGUCAAAGGUAUGACGGAGGAGUUCAAGAGGGAAGACAGCUGUUUGCGACUUUUGAACCAGCUGCAACAUCCCAACAUCAUUCCUCUAUGGGGCUCUUACACGUACCGUGGGAAACAGAACUUCCUCUUCCCAUAUGUAGACAUGGAUCUCGGCAAAUUCUUGAUGGCUAAAACCCGCUACCGAGAUUUUCAAUGGGACUUCACUUUCUACUCUGCCCUCACAGGACUGGCGUCAGCGCUGUCGAAGACACAUCGCCUUCAUCUCGACCAAGUCAAUCACGACGUUGACUUCGAGGCCAUCGGCUACCAUCAUGAUCUCCGGCCUCCCAAUGUCCUGGUUUCUCCCGAUACCUUCAUCCUAGCUGACUUCGGGCUGGGCCACCUAAAGUCGGCGGAGGCCCUGUCGCAUACGCCGUACAAGUCGAUCAGUGGGGAUUAUAUUGCCCCCGAGUGCACUGACAUGGGUGAGAACCCGCAAACCGUCAAUCGAGCCAUCGAUGUCUGGGCUUUUGGUUGUCUUAUCGCCGAGGUUGUCACCUACAUGCUGAAAGGGGCAGAUGGUGUCGAGGAGUUCCGCACGAAGCGACUCACACCAGGGCGGCUUCCUCAGUGGAAAGACGCUGGCUUCUAUCAACCUCAUGGCGACGUCAAGCAAGAAGUGUUUGACUGGAUGGAGGCGCUGAAACACGAUAACCCCCACCCAGACUUGGUUCUCCAGCUUGUUGAGCUAUCUCUUCACGCUCUUCGAGCUGACCCGCGAAGUCGGCCUGACGUGAACAACAUGCAUCACCGCUUGGCAGUUUUGAGUCUGCAAAAACACUUCCAAUCUGUUCAAGACAUGUUCUGUAAGAAAGUCUUCGAUUCGCGCAGGAACGGUUCAAAGUAUGGGGCCACGCUUUGAGCUUGUUUGACAAAAGUGUUUCCAGCUACGCCUGUGUGCAAUCAGAGGGUUCGGUCAAAAUUAUGAAGAAGAUAAUCCAUGCAUUAAGAGAAGAACCAGAGAGGCGGCCCCCGGGAGAUAGAUCUGCUAUGUUUUCCCUUGAACGCGUGAUAGUCCAAAGUGUCGAGGA